CCAUGACGUAGGAGACACCCGGAAUAACUAGUUCUUUACUAUACCAAAUAUAUUUUGAUGAAGCGUGCAUUAACGUGUAUACGGUGCGGUUUUAUGUUCACGUUUAACGAACAAAAUAUAAGCAGUUCUGAAAAUGGAUAAAUGGAAAGACAUGGGCGUCAUCAGGCAUAUGCAAAGACACUUCCCCGCUUGUUUGUCGCGGUCGACAGAACAAUUACCGUUACCGUUCUCUGGAGCACUGCUACUAUAAUGGCUCUUCCUCCGGAGAAGGCCUCUGAGCUGAAGCAAAUCAUUCACAACCAUCUGAUUAAGAUGGAUAUUCAUGGGAAGAUCCGAGAGGUGUUGUCUGAUACUUUGAGGGAUGACCAAGGAACGCACCAAGUGUUAUCUGAAGCAGACUUUCUCCAUGCACUGCAGCGCAGAGGCAUCAUUGAUGACGUGAUGAAGGAGCUACAAGUUCCACAGAUAGCAUCUAUGCAUAUGGAAGCAGGAUCUCCUCCAAAAUCCAGUUCUCAGUUGACGAACGAAGAAAGGUUUCGCCCGACAAAAACCAAUAUUGACCCAUCUAGACGUUACCUGUAUUUCCAAGUGCUUGGUGGCAAGGCCUUCUUGGAGCACUUACAGGAGCCAGAGCCUUUACCUGGUCAGCUGUGCUCCACAUUCAAGUUAUUCCUGCACUUCCGAAACCAGAGGUUUCACUCGAAGCCAGUGCCCUGUGCCUGUGAUCCUGACCUGCACGAAGGCUUCCUCUUCCAAAUCCACAUCGAUGGCACAGGCGAAGGAAGUAAGAUGGCAGAUGCGACUGCUAUGCUGUCCAUUUGUGAUCCGAUUCACUUGGUGCUGAUCAAAACUGACACUUCCAGUGAGACGGCUCUGGUCUCAUCCUACUUCCUGGACUGGAGGACAGUCCUCAGUUCACCGAAUGGGAAGACAUGCUUGGCUAUGGAACUGAUGGGAGUGGGAAGUGAAAGCAAGUUAACGGCUGGUGUUUUGACAGUCAGUAUGGAGCUCUAUCCUCCUCUCACAGCAACACUGAGUGCUGACAUCAUCAGCACACAGCAAUCUCUGGAAAAGCAGAGGACAGCAGAAAAGGAGAGGGUCUUCCUGGUUUAUGCCAAACAGUGGUGGAGGGAGUUUCUUGAAAUCCGCUCAUCGAACCAGUCCAAAAUGGUCAAGAUUUUUGCCCAGGAUGAAAAUGGAAUCAACAGGCCGGUGUGCUCCUAUGUGCAUAUCCUUCGGGCCGGCCGACUGCUAGACAGUCCUCGACGAGCGGCCCGCUUUGUUAGUCUCCUGGCGCAUGAGAAGGCCCCAAUGGUGGGAGGAGGAGAGAAGCAUGAGCAGUGGUGCACAUUAUUGGCUUUCCUGUGCCGAGGAAAGGGGGACUGUGAGGAUCACUCAACCUUGUUGUGCAGCCUCUUGCUGGGCUUUGGCCUUGAUGCCUAUGUGUGUGUGGGCACCAAAGCUAAGGGGAUACCUCACACCUGGGUCAUGACCCGAGGUACUGAUGGAAGUAUAACUUUCUGGGAGAGCUUGACUGCACACAGGUACCUUCAUCAAGCCAUUGAUCCCGAUGCCCCACCUUUGGCCCCUCAGCCUAAACCCUCAUACCCCUACCGCACUGUGGGCUGCGUCUUCAACCACCAAAGCUUACUGGCUAACUGUCAACCAUCUGAUGCCGUGGAGCUGUGUGUCUUUGACCUCCAGAAUCAAUCUCGGUGGAAACCAAUGAGUGAAGAGGCUCUGAAGUCAGUGUGUGACUGUGGCUCCCUCAACUCUCUGCCUCCUCUUCCUCCACUCACCUCAUCCUCUCUUGAUGCUGCUGCUGUUAGCAAUCAGCUGGAGCUGGAGAUGAGGUACUUGAUCUCCGAGCACAGGAAGGACUUGAAUCUGACAACAGUCUGGGAUGACCACCUGUCCUACCUGCUGUCGUCGGCCUUGUCAGCCUAUGAGAUGGAACGCUGCACUGGGGUCUCGUGUGGAAAUGAGGAAUUUCAGGAUGCCGUAAGGAGGGCUGUUCCAGACGGGCACACUUUUAAAGGCUUCCCCAUUCACUUCCUGCACCGCAAUGCCCGUAGAGCUUUUUCCACAUGCCUCAAGUCCCGCUUCUGCGAGGAGAUAGUGUGUUGUCGUGGUGACCACGUGAGGCUGGCCCUUCGUGUUCGGGUUUUUAUAUAUCCAGAGAAUGUAUGUGCCGUGUGGUUUAUGUUUGCUUGUAAGUAUCGCUCUGUGCUCUGACAGUCAGUUGAUGUCUGCCAUGAUGUCAGAACUAUCAAUUUAAAGGACUGUUUAUUGCACAUUGAGACUCAAGAUUUUAUUACUUACAAUAUUUUGAUUAAAAAACUUACAGGUACAUUUGAUGACUCUAUUUUUAUGAUCAUGCAGACAGUUCUUUGACUGGCUUUUCAACUGUUUAUCUAGAUUUGUUGUAAAAAAUAUUUUUUCAUUUUUGUGAACUUUGAAACAUUUGUAAUACAGUAUAGUGACAUACCACAGUGUGUUAUACGUUGUAUUUUUGGAAGAAAUUUACGCGUAUGGUCAAACUUUAUUUAGACACAUACAGUACACUUGCAGUUCUGUGAAUAUUCUAGGUUUGAGAUGUCAAACUGCAAAAAGACGUAGUCACAGCAGUGCAACAAUUUGUGUGCUGACGAAUUGUGAUGUUUUAUUAAUUGAUGAGCAGUCAUUAAUUUAAUGAGGAAAAUUAUGUGCAUCAUAUUAAAUGAGCUUCCAAAUUCGCUUUCGUAAAUCCAUCCAGAGAAUUCAAUUGUAAUCUGUAUUCUGCAGAUACUCUUUUAGGUUAGUGUGCAUUGUAAUGUCUACGUGUAACAUCUCACUUGGACACUAGAUGGCAGUUUAGGAUAAAGUUAUUAGUGUACAAUGAUGCUCAUAGUGCUUUUAAAUCAGAUCACAGUAGCGCAUACUCAACAUGACAUACAUCACAGUUUUAUUCUAUAGAGAAAUGUAUUUGUCUUUUAAUUUUAAUUUGGCUUCUGUCAUGGCAACCAAUGUCUUUGUCCACCUAAUGUCAAUAUUAUUUUACGGUCUUCUCUUUUUUGCAACGUAUUUACUUAUUCGAUUGUUUAGGAAGCACACACUUAAAACACACACACGCAGACCUUAAAACAUUUACGUUGAUUUUAAAUAAUCUGCAAUUAUUGAUAUUAGUCUAGUUAUCUUGAACAAUCUUGCCAUCUUCACUUGAAGAUAAAUUAUAUUGAACACAUUGAGAGCUUUGUGGUUACGUAACAUGUGAUUGGCAGCAAAAAUUGUCCUUCAAUUAAAUGCUGUAUUAAAAGUUAAAAGAAAUUGUUAA